AUGGACGCGGUACGAAGCAUAAACCAUGUAACUGGCCACGUCCUUCAGCUUCACCUAAACACUUCAGGGCACGAUUGUGAUGAAUUUUAUUCUUGUAUUGGAGGUGAGAUAUCUGAUUCUGUGGUUGAAUUGAAGCAUUUGAAUUACUUGAACUUGAGCGGUAAUCAUUUUGGAGGUAAGCAAAUUCCUACUUUCCUUUCUGAAAUCACCUCCUUAACUCACCUUGACCUUUCUGAUUCUGGAUUUCAAGGAAAUAUUCCUCACCAGAUUCGAAAUCUCUCAAAUUUGAUCUAUCUUGACCGCUCUCAUCAAAUUGGGAACCUUACCAAUUUGAUCUAUCUUGGACUCCAAAGUAGUUAUUAUGAACCAUUGGUCAUUGAAAAUGCUGAUUGGCUUUCAGCUCUUACCUCCCUUGAAUAUCUUGAUUUGAGUGGUGCAAACCUAUCCAAAUCACUUGAUUGGCUACACACUAUGCAAGCUCUCCCUUCUUUGCUAGAUUGCAGUCUUGGUGAUUAUAAGCAACCACCCAAACUUAACUUUUCCUCUUUGUUCUCUCUCAGCAUUUCUGUUGCCCCCAAGUGGAUCUUUCACUUGAACAAACUUGUUUCUCUUAAAUGUCAAUCAAACUGUUACUCUAAUGAUAUUGAUAGUCCAAUUCCUGAUGGUAUUCAAAAUCUUACCAUGCUUGAAAAUCUUGAUUUGUCAUACAAUUUAUUCUCAUCCAAUAUACCAGAUUGGUUAUAUGGUCUUCAUCAUCUUAAAGUUUUGACCUUACAUGAUAACUAUCUGGGAUGGACUAAUGCUUUUGGAAAUUUGACUUCUCUUGUUAGCCUUGAUUUGUCAUCCAAUCAGAUUGAAGGAGCAAUUCCAACUUUUUUGAGAAAUUUGACUUCUUUGGUCAGUCUUGAUAUAUCAGGUAAUCAAUUUGAAGGGGGAUUCCAACCUCUUUUAAAAAGUUAUGCAACUUGA